AUGGCCCAGCUGACUAGCAACCAGCAGCAGCAGCAGGAGGAGAGCGACGUUCCCCAACCGCUCGCCGCGCUCCCCGUGUCCCCUCCGCCGGUCGUGCAAGGUCCCAGCAGCGCGCUCGUGCGCCUACUCUUCGCGGACCUGUCGGGCCAGCGCCGCGUGCGGGUGGUUCCCUGGGACCGGUUCCGCACGCUGACGUGUCAGCAGGGGAUAGGCCUGGCGCGCUGCAUCUACGCGUUCGCGUCGUUCGUGGAUGGACCCGCCCCCGGGAGUGGCCUGUCCGCCGUGGGGGAGGUGCGACUCAUGCCUGACGUCAGCACCCUCAGGACCCUCCCGUGGUGUCCCAGUCAGAUGCUCGCGUUGGUGGAUGCACACGUGGCGCCAGGUCAGCCGUUUGCUGUCUGUCCGCGCAGCACGCUGAGGAGAGUAGCAGCCUCGCUCAAGGACAGGUUCGGCCUGGUGCUGAGGGCUGGGUUCGAGAGCGAGUUCACUCUUCUCCACUCGAUGAGCCCAUCCAUGACCCCUGUGGACCGCACGCUCUACUGCUCUGCGCUGGCGUUUGACGAGCAGGCAGAGCUGAUGGGCGCCAUGGUGGCUGCUCUGCACAGCAUGGGCAUCCCCGUGGAGCAGCUUCACCCGGAAUCAGGCGGUGGGCAGUUUGAGAUAGCAGUCGGGCAUGCGGCUGACGUGGCAGCAGCUGAUAGGAUCCUGCUGGUCCGGGAGGCAAUCUCUGGGGUGGUGGCAAGAGCAGCAGCAGCAGCAGAAAGUGGGGAGGUGGACCGUGCCAGCAGCAAGCGCAGCAGCACACCUACUCACGUCACCUUCCUUCCACAAGUCUUCCCUCGCGACGCAGCCAAUGGCAGCCACGUCCACGUCAGCAUAUGGAGGGAGGUCACUGGCGGGACUGACGCGUCAUCAGCAGCAGCAGCAACAACCUCGGGGGAUGCACCUAUCAUGAUAACAGAGGGUGGGCGCACGUACAUCAACGCCUUUGCUGCAACGGGGCAAGCGGGAGAAGGCCGGAAGGCAGAGCAGCAGGGAGGGCAGCAGGGGGGGCAGCAGGGGGGGCAGCACGGCAUGUCGGAGGAGGGGCAGCAGUUCAUGGCCGGGGUGAUGGCGCACCUGCCGUCCAUCAUGGCCAUCUCGUGUCCUCUGCCCAACAGCUACGAGCGCCUGGGCCCCAACAAGUGGACGGGUGCCUACCAGUGCUGGGGGCAUGAGAACCGCGAGGCGGCAGUAAGGGUGGCUGCUCCUCCCACCAAUACCGCUAGCAGCACGGGUGCUGCUGCACGCGUGCCAGCAGCGUUCCAAGAGACCAACUUCGAGGUGAAGGCGUGUGACGCGUGUGCGCAGCCGCACCUGGUGCUGGCGGCCAUCAUUGCUGCCGGCAUGGAUGGGCUUGACAAGAAGAUGCAGCUGCCAGCACCUGUUGACGUCAACCCAGCUGACCUACCGCCGCACGAUGCCCCUCCCCGCCUGCCCGCAUGCCUGGAGGACUCACUAGCAGCCUUUGAGGCGGACGCUGUCAUGCGCGCGGCACUGGGGGAGGCCAUGGUGCAGGCGAUUGUGGCCGUGCGUAAGGCUGAAAUCCAGCAUUACACAGGAAGAGUAUCCAUGGCUAGCCAACUUGUACUGAAAUAUUAG